AUGGGGGUGAUGGCUCUGCCCGCCUCCCCCAACUGGUACAGCAGCCGCUGCAGCGACGCCAGCAGCGACGGCCGCUUCUUCGGCUUCGCGGCGCGGCACCGCGUCUGCCUGCUGGAUGUGGGAGCCGCCGCUCCCGCGUUCUACGGGGAGCUCAUCGGGCACACGGACAGGAUCUCCGGGUUCGCCUUCUGCCACUGCCCCGGGCAGAGCGGGCUCUGCGCCAGCAGCUCCGACGACGGCAGCAUCAAGAUCUGGGAGGCGGCGUCGCUGUCGCCGGUGCUGGAGUACAGCCGGCACCAGAACCCGAUCUCAGCACUGCACUGGUCACCUCUUGUGAAGGAUCUCAUCGUGUCUGGGGAUGAGAAAGGUGUCGUUGUUUGCUACUGGCACAACAGAAGUGACAGCCAGCAGUUCUUCCCGGAGCCUCGCACAGUUUUCUGCCUCACUUGUUCCCCUCAUCAUGAAAACCUGGUGGCCAUUGGCUACAAGGAUGGCAUGGUGGUUGUCAUUGAUAUCAGCAGGAAAAGAGAAGUCCUGCACAGGCUGAGGGGCCACGAGGAUGAAAUACAUUGUCUGGCCUGGUGCCCUGUGCCUGGUGAAGAAAGGUUACCUGCCUGGCAGGAUGAGCUCCAGGUUCCUUCAGAGGAAGGCAAGGUUCCAAAUGGGGAGCUGACCCAGGACACAACCACAAAGAAAGGCUGUUACCUGGCUUCGGGAAGCAAAGAUCAGACCAUACGAAUAUGGAGCUGUACCAGAGGCAGGAGUGUGCUGACUCUGAAGUUGCCCCCCACCAAAAGGAGAGGUGGAGCUGUCGAUCCCGCUGUCAAGGAGCGCAUUUGGCUCACUGUUCACUGGCCUCCUGGUCGUGCCACAGAAAUUGUGUCCAGUGGUUUUGGAGGAGAACUGCUUCUUUGGAACUUGGCCCAACCUGGGAAACGCAAGUGGACUCUUCUGGGAUCUUCAGAAGGACAGAACCACUCCCGAAUUGUGUUCAAUCUCAGCUCUGUGAAGCAGCAGGACAAAGAGCUCCUUUUUUCCAUUUCAAUGGACAGAGAUGUGAAGUGCUGGGACCUGUCAACUCUGGAUUGCAGCUGGACCAUGCCCUCACUUGGAGGCUUUGUCUAUAGUCUUGCCUUCUCCCCUGUGGACACAGGCUGUCUUGCCAUCGGGGUUGGAGACAGCAUGAUCCGGGUGUGGAACACUUUGUCCAUGAACAAUGUGUACGAUGUUAAAACCUUCUGGCAAAGCAUAAAGUCCAAGGUCACAGCAUUAUCCUGGCAUCCAACUAAGGAGGGCUCCUUGGCUUUUGGAACAGACGAUGGAAAAGUUGGCAUAUUUGACACCUUCUCCAGCAGUGCUAAGAACAAGCCACCUCAGAUCUCCAGUACUUACCACAAGAAGACUGUGUAUGCAUUAGCCUGGGGGCCUCCAACUCCUCCUCUGACUUCUGGGGAAGAAAGUGAACAGCCCUCUGUAACUUUAUACAGUUGUGCUGGAGAAGGUAUUGUUUUUCAACACAAUCCCUGGAAUCUUAAUGGAGAAGCAAAUGACAUCAACAAAGUCAUCCGAGACACUAAUUCAAUCAAACACAAACUGCCUGAACGUACAGAGAUCAGCUGGAAGCCAGAUGGCAAACUCCUGGCUCUUGGCAAUGAAGAUGGCUCAAUUGAAAUAUUUCAGGCCCCAAACUUGAAGUUGCUCUGCACUAUCCAGCAGCAUCACAAGCUGAUAAAUGCCAUUCGUUGGCACCACGAGCACGGGAACCAGCCAGAGCUGAGUUACUUGAUAGCUUCUGGCUCAAUCAAUGCCACUAUUUAUGUCCAUAAUCUGAAGAGCGUUGUAGAGAACACUUCAGAAAGUCCUUUGACAAUAACAGAACCUUUUCGAACUCUGGCUGGGCACACAGCUAAAAUCACAAGUCUUUCUUGGAGCCCCCACCAUGAGGGAAGAUUGGUAUCUGCUUGCUAUGAUGGCACGGCACAGGUAUGGGAUGUUAUGAAGGAAGAGCCACUUUGCAACUACCGAGGGCACCAGGGCCGCCUGCUGAGUGUCCAGUGGUCACCAGUGGAUUCAGAUUGUGUUUAUACAGGAGCAGAUGAUUUUUCUGUCCACAAAUGGCACAUCUCAAAGCAGGAGCACACACGGCCCCCUCAAGGCAAGAAGAGUAUAGAAUUAGAGAAAAAAAGAAGUAUGCAACCAAAGGUCAAAGCCAAGAAGAAGAAAAAGCCUAUAGGACAGAGUCCAGGCAAGCAGGAUGUAAAUGAUGCCACGAAUGGAGAUGAAAGCAUGAAGGAAACAUUGCUGGAGGAAAAUGGAGUGUUGGACCAUGAAGGAGAAAAAGCUCAGGAGGCAGAGUUGCCUGAUAAAGUGUCUACGACUGUGUCCAAGAAUACAUCUUCAUCUGCGUAUGAUUAUUCUUCAUUCAUUGCCAAAGCCUUUGUGACCCAGAAAGCUGCUCCUGUGAAAAAGGAUCCACCUAAAGAGAAACCAACUCCUGAUGCCUCUCUGAAGAAGAGGAAGCCUCGUUCUAUUCUGCCCUUCAGCACGCUCAUGGAUCACAGAUCAAAAGAUGAAUUGCAUCAGGACUGCUUGAGGCUGGCUACAUGUCUGAAAACUAAAGAUAAUAAUGAAGGUGUGUCCCCUGACCUUAAGGAUUGCAUCCACUUGGGGCUGUUCACAGACAGGGAUUCUCUGCACAAGAUGAUUGAUGUGGAAGGAAAACAUCACUUGGAGAAUGGGCAUCCAGAGCUCUUCCAGCAGCUCAUGUUGUGGAAAGGAGACAUGAAGGGUGUCCUCCAGGCAGCUGCUGAGAGGGGGGAGCUGACAGACCAGCUCGUGGCAAUGUCACCCAUGGUUGGAUAUCAGGCCUGGGUUUGGACAGUAGAGGCCUUUGCAAAGCAGCUGUGUUUCCAGGAGCAGUAUGUGAAGGCUGCCUCCCAUCUCCUCUCCAUCCACAAAGUGUAUGAGGCCAUCGAGCUCCUGAAAGUGAACAAUUUUUACAGGGAAGCAAUUGUGAUUGCCAAGGCCAGGCUGCGUCCAGAAGAUCCAAUUGUGAGGGAUCUCUACACCAGCUGGGCAGCUCUGUUAGAAAAGGAUGGUCAUUAUUCCAUGGCUGCCAAAUGUUAUUUGGGGGCAUCUUCACCCUAUGAUGCAGUAAAAGUGUUGUCAAAAAAGGGGGAUGUGACAUCCCUUAAAACUGCUGCUGAGCUUGCACUGAUAUCUGGAGAGGAGGAGUUGUCAGCAACUUUGUCUUUGAGAUGUGCACAAGACCUGCUGUUAUCCAGGAACUGGGUGGGAGCUCAGGAAGUCCUUCAGCAACAUAAAACUUUAUUUGGGCAAAGACUUGUUUUCUGCCUGAACGAGCUGCUUUGCAAGUGCCUCAGUGAAAGAAAUCCCUGUGACCGAAAGAGCCCCAUUCCCCCCUGUUACCACAGCUGGGAGCUGAACAGAGAGGCCUCGUUUUUUGACAUGGUGAUAGAAGUGUGGCAGAAUGUGUUGGGCAUGGACACCACUGAACGAGCCACUUGUGCAUGGGAGCAGCUGCGCCAGGUUGAGCAUCCUCCUUGUACCAGCAACACACCCCCAAAGCAGGUGCUUUUCCAUAUCUCCCAUGACCUGGCCCUUGCAGCACUGAGCUGUCAGUCUGGUACAUGGGACGAGGCAGUGAAAAGUAUUCUUGGGGCUGUGACCCGCAGUUUUGAUGCUGGUAAUUUCACUCUGAUGCAGGAGAUUUGCAGUAUCAUCCUUCCUGAGGGCUGUGAUGACCUGAGACACAAACUAGACAGCACAAAUUCCCAGAGCAUGGAUGCCUGCAGAAGUCUGGAGGGCUUUGUGGCUUACAGACUGCUCUAUGACCUGUGGUGGAACACACCCAAAGACCCUCCUGGCUUGCAAAAGGCUGUGUUGGAUCCUGAGCUGUGUCCCAGCGAACAGACAGCUCUGGAGAAGAGUUGCCUUUCAGGUGACUCCUCCCCUGGGGAAACGGAUCAAACUCCAGCUGGGAUGGAUGAAAACCUCUGCAGUACAACUGAAGUGCAGAAGUGUGAGACGCAAAGUGGCUCAGGAACUAACUUGGUUGACUUGGUAGACGGACAAUCAAAACUGCACGGUUGCAAAGUGCUCCUUUCAGAAGAGAUGGCUGUGUUACAGAACACCCAGAGAGAUAUAGCAGAGGUCCAGGAGACUUUGGCAGAAAUGAUCCGCCAGCAUCAGCAGCAGAGGAACAAUCUCCAGGAAAACACAAAUGGAAACGCCCAGGAAAGCAACCUGGAGCAGAGUUCAGAGACUGAUUUAGACAAACCAUGCUCUGACAGCAAGCAGAUGAAUGGCAAAGAUGAAAUAAAGCAACCACUUACACUCCCUGAGCUCACAAAGCAGCUUGUCAAUGCGAAGCAGAAACUAGCGGAAUUCCCAGACAAUUUAAAGGUCUUGCCCUUCCCUGACGUGCUGGAAUGCUGCCUUGUGCUCCUUCACCUUGGAUCCCAGUGCCCUCCUGAGCUACGGGAACAGGCUCUGGAUCUCCUUAGGAAACACAGCAGUGCUAAUAUUUACAAAAAGGCUGUCAGGAGGUUCCUGACAUGACAUUUUGAGACCAGACUGUCUCCCUUCUUGAGCUGCCUACAGUUACUUAACACCAAGGUUUGUUCUUUCUUCAAGUGAAGGCUUGUUUUGAUGGCCGUGGCUGUUACUGAAACAAAAAGUCAGGUUUAUAUACAGACCCACUUGUGCUCAUGUACUAACAACACUUAAGGACACUGUUAGGAAACUGAAAAGCAGGAGGGUGUGGGCUUGAACUGUUAUACAGGAUUUUUGUAUUUUUUUUUUUUAUUUGUUGGACACUGUGCUAAUGAAAGCUCUUGCUAUUUACACCUAAGAGAAAUGGUUUUGAGCAGCUGUACAGUCUCAGCAGAGGAAGAGUAGCUGCCCUCAGGAAAAUCGGUUUCUGUAACCAAACUGACCCUUAAGCCAGUACUGUUCCUCAAAGCAUUGUGAGUUUAUUUUCCCUCCUUUAAAUAAAGUCUUCUACCACCAUGAA